AUGCAUCCGAUUGCUGGUGCGAUGGCGAAGCAGACGGCCAGACCGGCAUUCCGCAAGCCAAGUGAUGAUGCCAUUGAUCAGAGCAGUCGCAGUGGUUCACUUUUGAUGGAAGAGCGACUUGUCAGUGAAGAAAAUGCAAGCCUUGUUAUUAGCAAUCCGUUUCUGGCACUCUCCAUUCAACAGCAGCGUUCCCGUCUUCCUAUUUUCAAAUAUCGCAGUCAUAUAUUGUAUCUGUUAGAGAAAUUUCGUGCUGUGAUAGUAAUCGGCGAGACGGGAUGCGGCAAGAGCACUCAGUUGCCACAGUGUUGUGCAUUUCCAUUUUUGCGCAGUACACAGUGUGGUUUAGCAGCUAUUGCUCUGUUUCAGUACCUCAUGGAAACGGGUUGGUCAUCAGACGGGCGGAAAAUAGGGGUGACGCAACCACGAAGAAUUGCUGCAGUAACGGUACGUUGUUUUGAAAAUUCUUAUCUGUUGUUAUCAUUUCAGUAUCUUACAGAUGGCAUUCUUCUUCGUGAAUUCAUGUCGGAUCCUUUGCUGACGCAGUACAGCAUACUGAUGAUUGACGAGGCUCACGAGCGCUCACUCAAUACGGAUGUUAUACUGGGUUUGUUGCGGAAAGUGAUGGCUGUACGGCAAGAUCUUCGAAUAAUCGUUUCGUCUGCAACACUUGAUGCUGUGGUAAAUAGUAUUUUUCAUCUUUGCCUGUGA